AAUCACAAGAAAAGAACCAUAUUUUGGCCUGAAGAAUCUCAUAGAUGUCUUGAGUUUCAUGCAAGAAAUUCUGAAAGCAAAAAGUGCUCAUAAAGAAAAAGUUUCAAAGGCAGGUCCAAUCUUUAUAUAAACAUGCAUGAUUUGAUUUGCUUCUUCAAUCAAACACUACUUACCCUUAAUAGAAUUAGCUUAGCCCUUCUGAAAUGGCUCAUCCUUCUCCCUCACAGUCUCAAGGAGUGAGGCCGAAACGCACAAACCUGCUACGUUACAUAGCCAUGGCAAUUUUGGCCUUGAUAAUCCUUGUGGGCAUAGCAGUGAUCAUAAUUUGGCUAGUUCUGAAGCCUAAGCACUUGGAGUACAGUGUGGAGAGUGCUUCAAUCCAUAACUUCAACUUAACCAAUUCCAAUCACCUCUAUGCCAAUUUCGAUUUCACAUUAAGAUCAUACAAUCCCAACUCCAGAGUCUCCCUGUACUAUGAUUCUGUCGAGGUUUCGGUGCGGUAUGAGGAUCAAACACUAGCCACAAGUUCAGUUCAGCCAUUCUUGCAGCCUCAUAAGAAUGUGACUAGGCUAUACCCGAAGCUCACGGCUCAAACUGUGGCCUUGUAUGAUCCUGUGCCUAAGGACCUUCGGCUAGAGAGGUCCUCAGGGGAUAUUGAGUUGGAUGUUCUGGUCAGGGCAAGGAUAAGGUUCAAGGUUGGGGCGUGGAAGUCAAAGCAUAGGGUUAUGAGGAUUUUCUGUUCUCCUGUGUUGGUGCACUUUUCUAAAGCUAAGAGUUUUGAGAGAACUUCAUGUGAAGUAGAUAUGUGAACAAGCAUGCCUAAUGGAGCAACAUGAUAAGCAUGAGAUGCUUCUUUUACCUUUCUGAAUCUUGUUAUUAUUUGUUCUUUUUUCGGUUUGGUGAUUUUUCUGUCUUCCCUAAGUUUGCCAAUGUUUAGAUUGAUUAUAUGAUUCUUUUGUCAUCACUAUAUUGUAAUUUUUAAUUCUGGGGUUUUGUUUUCUUAUGUUGAAAGAGUUGUGUGGACAUAUGAAAGAAGGAAAGUUGGCUGUUAUCCAUCCUAUUGAUGUACGCAUUAUUGAUGA